GUGCGGUGGGCCACGCAAACAUGGCAACGGCCGACACCUGGCCCAAUGGUGGCCCGCCACGUCCGGCGGCCGGCCGCCGUCCGACCGACUUGUUGCCAGAGGGUCAGUUGUGGGGUUGGGCGGACCGCGGGCGGCCGCUCCGGUCCGGCGGCCACCGCGGCACGCGCUGGCGACUCCGCUCCGUCGGCGGCCGCCGCCGGCGACGCGCGGCGCACAAAUGCCAGGCAUGAAGCGCAGCCUGGACGAGGGUGGCAACAUGGACGCCACCAAGCGGUACCGCUCGCAGGAUGUCUCCCUGCGACUGCUCAUCAGCAGCCGGGCGGCCGGCUCUGUGAUUGGUCGCGGCGGCAGCAACAUCAGCCGACUCCGUGAACAGAACAGUGCCUCAAUCACAAUCCCAGAUACAAUGGGCCCAGAACGGGUCGUCAACAUCGGAGCCGACCGAGAGACCACACUCAAAAUCGCCAAGGAGCUGCUGCCCAACCUGGAGGACUCUCCGAACCGCGACCCGGACUCCCCUAACGGCGAGAUCCGCUUCCUGGUGCACACCAGCCAGGCGGGAAGCAUCAUCGGCAAGUCCGGAUUCAAGAUCAAGGAGCUGCGCGAGGAGACGGGCACUCAGAUCCGGGUGUACACGGAGCCGUGCCCGCAGUCCUCGGACCGCGUCACACAGAUCUCCGGACCCAAGGACAACGUGAUCGAGUGUCUGGGCCGCAUCCUCGGCCUCCUCGACGAGAGCCCGCCCAAGGGCAUGAGCAACCCGUACGACCCGUCCAACUUUGACGAGAUGUACGCGGCCGACUAUGGCGGCUUCUCGGACGGCCGGAGCCGCGGCGGCGCCGGCGGACCCGGCCAGGGCAUGGGUCGCGGCUUCCGCGGCGGCGCAAUGGGAGGCGGAAUGAGUCGCGGCGGCUUCCAGAGCCCCAUGCGCGGCGGCAUGGGAGGAGGCGGAAUGGGCGGCGGCGGCAUGGGAGGAGGACUCGGAGGCGGCAUGGGCGGCGGAAUGGGAGGAGGAAUGGGCGGCGGCCUUGGGGGCGGCGUCGGAGGACCUCGCGGCGGCAUGGGAGGAGCCCGCGGAGGAUUCGGAGGCAUGCGUGGCGGCGGCGGCCGCGGCGGAGGCAUGGGCAUGCAGGGCCAGCUGCCGCCGGGCGGCAUGGACUUUGGCGCGCCGGCCGGAGGAGACAUGAUGACCCCGCUGCAGGGCAAUGGGUCCGGCGGCGGCGGCGGCGGCGCCGACUCUCAGCAGUUCUCCGUGCCUAAGAGCGCUGUGGGCGCCAUUAUCGGCAAGGGCGGCUCUCGGAUCCGGCAGAUUCGCGCCGACUCGGGCGCGCAGAUCAACAUUGACGACGCGCGGGACGGAUCGACCGAGCGAGUCAUCACCAUCACGGGCACCAGCGAGCAGCUGCAGAUGGCCCACUUCCUGCUGCAGAAGAGUGUUCGUGAAAACGCCGGCGGCUACUGAGCGCGCCCCAUCAGCAUUCCGGGCGGCUCCUACCGCCCCCAUCCCGGCGACCUGACCGCGCCAGGACCGCGUCAGUCGCGCGGCGCCAACCGCGGCCGGCCCCGUGUCGUCCCCACGUAUCAUAGCCAUCAUUGUAGCUGCAGAGACCCCCCAUUUUGUAACAAAUUGCGCCCGCACAAAUACAUGGUAACAAACUAUA